AUGUCGAGAGGCUCCUUUGAUACGGAUCAGCAUGGCCCCCAGGUCCAAGCAUCGUUAGGAGACAAGAGCCUUUCAUCUGGGUCUCAUAAACACCAAGACAUACAAAGCGUUAUUCCAUGCGCCGAGACGCGGCUAUCACCGUCGCAAAGUGAAGCAUCCGACUCCAAUGACCAUGGCCCCCUCGAGAGGAUACCCACCACUCGAGAUGAGCUACCAGAUACCGUCCAGGUCGAAAGAACCGUCACCGAUACUGCUGGUGGACCAGUCCAUUCGGUCUUUACAAAGAAUCAAAAACUAUUCAUAGUGUUUAUGGCGUCGUGGGCUGGAUUCUUUUCUCCUGUAUCCGGACAGAUCUAUUUCCCAGCUCUGAAUGCAUUAGCGAAAGAUUUGCAUGUUUCCGAUUCAUUGAUUAACUUGACUCUGACCUCUUACAUGAUCUUCCAAGGCCUCGCCCCUACAUUUGUUGGAGAUCUCGCUGAUGCUGCUGGUCGGCGUCCCGCGUAUGCCGUUUGUUUUACUAUAUACAUUCUCGCCAACAUUGGCCUUGCACUUCAGAACAGUUAUGCGGCGCUGUUUGUCUUGCGCUGUUUCCAGAGCACUGGUUCUAGCGCCACAAUUGCUAUGUGUAGCGCUGUUGUGUCCGAUGUUGCCACUGCGGCAGAAAGAGGCAGAUAUAUGGGAUUUACUCUUGCGGGAUCUCUGCUUGGUCCAGCUAUAGGUCCCGUCAUUGGAGGUGUGCUCGCUGAAUUUCUGGGGUGGAGGGCCAUCUUCUGGUUUUUGAUGAUUAUGGGCUCUGCGUUCAUGGUCGUUUUCGCAAUCUUCUUUCCCGAGACAGCUCGCACUCAGGUUGGCAACGGGUCAAUCCCACCAAAAGGCUGGAAUAUGUCUCUGAUGAAUUACCUGGCAAUCCGCAAAGCUCGGAAGCUGCGUCCUCAGGACCAGAUGUCGGUGAAAGACGAACAGCCUCAAAACGAGACGCGGAGGAAGAAGAAGUUUCGUUUCCCCAACCCGCUGCGAUCUCUUUACAUCAUCAUGGACAAGGAAAACGCACUGCUUCUCUUCUACAACGCGUUCUUGUUUGCAGCUUUUUACGACGUCACAGCGUCCUUACCAUCGCAGCUCCAGGCGAUAUUUGGCUUCAACGAACUCCAGAUCGGCUUGUGCUUUAUUCCUUUCGGCUGUGGAUCCCUCUGUGCUGCCCUCACAAAUGGACAACUAUUGGACCGUAAUUUCGCCCGUUGGUGCAAGAAACUUGGAGUGAAGAUCCGGAAGGGGCGAAACCAGGACCUCAGCCAUUUUCCGAUUGAAAAGGUGAGGUUGCAGGUUGCCAUUCCUGCCGUUUACUUCACGUCAGUGUUGGUGCUUGCGUUUGGCUGGAUCUUGGAUGUCAAUGGGCCACUCCCGGCACUGCUCGUCGUCCUCUUCUUCACGAGUUUCAGCAUGUCGAUCGCGUUCAACGUGACCAGCACGCUCUUGGUUGAUUUCUAUCCUAAAGCGCCUGCCACGGCAACGGCAGCGAACAACCUAACGAGGUGCGGCCUGGGUGCAGGCGCCACGGCUGCCGUGAUACCCAUGAUUAAUGCCUGGGGGAGAGGCUGGACCUUUACCUUUUUGAGUUUGGGUCUAAUUGCGACGUCGCCGAUGCUUUGGGUGGUGUAUUUCCGGGGCAUGAAAUGGAGAGACGAGAGGAGAGAACGAGAGACUCGGGCGCGGGAGCUGAAAGAGGCAAAGUCAGCCCGGGAAAACUCUGGUGAGAAUGGAUGUGUCGUGCAAGACGAAAAGCCGCCCCUUGAAGAGGGACCUAUGGUGGACACGGCGGCCGUGACUGGGAAGGAUCAAGACAGGGAACGCCGCUAUCACGAGUCAUCCAAGGACAUGGCCAAAGUAAAGGGGAUGGAUAAGGGACAGGACAAGGAUAUUGACGAUGUUAUGAGUCGCGAAGACCAGGAUGUAACGCUAUCAAGAUCCUUUUCGUAUGAGUCUGGGUAUUGA